AUGGUGACAGAUGCCUGUGGGGCCAGUCGUCCUAACGGGGCUGUGCAGGCGUUCAAGCGUCUUCUGCGUGCCACCGGCGUGAGCCCAGGCAAUGCGUUUGUUCCCGCCCCAUGCCGCGGCGGCGGUGCCUGGUGUAACGACGCGGUGAGCGCACGCGACACCGUGGCGACGUGCGAGCUGGCGACGCGGGGGGACUACUUCGGGCCUCGGUCCUUAGCACUGCUCUGCCUGCGGGUGCGUCCGGCCUGCCCGGGCCACGCGUUCCCCACCUCGUGCGUUGUCAGCCUCUCCACGAGCUCGCAGCGGCUGGACGCGCUGGCGCUGCAGGACAUCGUAGUCAAGGAGUGGCCGCUGCACUCCGCCGGGGCAGAGACCACCGUUGCCGUGAAUACCCUCUAUCACGUUGCCACCCUGCUUGGCGCAGAGCCCGUCGCUGGCACGCGCGUCUUCAUGACGCUGCGCUUCCUCGGUUGCUGCGACGCCUCGGACACGCACCGCAUCGCCGCGGUGGAGCUCUUAUACACCCCACACGACACGCGCACUGUGGCGGUGGAGCUCACACCGAGCCCCACGCCAUGCCACGCUGCGGUGGCGGAGCACCACGACGCGUCGUCCAGUGACGAGGACGUUGUCCCACCAUCACCGCCACCGCCACUGCGGCGAGUCAAGACCCUGCACUCCUCACUUAGCAGGACCAGCACUGAUGCGGAUAGCCGCGCGGAGGGCAGCGGUGCCACGCCUGCCGGCAGCGAAGAUGAUGUUUUGGCAGAGUACGUCUUCCACGCCAUGUCUCGCUCCCCGCGACGCCGUUCGGUGACGCAGCCCCUCCGCACCAUCUUCGUGGACAUCGACACGGAAGAAAACGAGGAAGACUUGACGGCGGACAACGUAAUUGAGGUCCCAACCUCGCCCUGCACAACACUCUCCACCUCGUCGCGCCUGCCUGCUCACCCCACGGUGGCGGGAAGGCGGCUGCCGAGCGCUGGCACCCCCGUUGUUUCCGCUUCACGCGUCUCUGCCGCAUCGCGCCGGGCCCUGUGCUGUAACGAGGGUGCCGUGCCGCGGCAGGAGCCCCCGGCGUCACCGCAGUCCACCACAUCCGACGGCGGCGUCUCCGCUGCACCCCGGCGCGGCGACCCGCGCCAGCCGACCCUGCGGGAGGCGUGUUGUUCAUCUGUCGUGGUGACCGCGUUCGCGUCACCGCCGCGUUGCGCCGCCUUUGUUGUGCCCGACCGCCGCGACUUUGUCGCCGUGGGUCUGUUGCAGCAGCGACAGAAGGAGGAGGAGGAGCGGCAGCAGCAACGCCGCUACGUGCAGAGGGUUUCCUCCAUGCUGUGGGAAGAGGCCUGCGCCCCGCCGGCAUUUCCGCGUCACGGCGUGGAGAACGAGGCAGCGGCUGCGGUGGUACAAAACAGGCGACGCAUUCAGAACCUGCAGGGCGUGCCUGCGUACGAAGCGGAGCACGACCUGCUGAGGGCGGUGAUGGAGCUGCUUGGGCUGCCACGCGAGACGCUGUACCGGGGGGGCGUCGUCACGCCGUACCUCCACCGCCUCCAGUCGACUCUGCUCGGUGCAGCCAAGCGCCUGCUCACGGCAGCCAUGUCCUUCACCGCGUGA